AUGUCCCGGCCGGAGCUCACCUUCCGGCAGCUGGUCGCCUAUGAUGACCUGUGCAACAACCUGCUGACCGAUCCGCUGCUCGGCAUUUCCGUGCACAAAGCCAGCCCCCGGUACCGGUCGAAGACGGUCGAUCGAGUCCGGGCCAUCGCCGUGGUCCGCCGUCUGGUCCUCCACCGGGACCUGGAGCGAGCCUUCUACGAGUUGAUUCUCGGUGUCGAGGCCGAGCAAUUCGGCCAGGAAACCAACCCGGCCCUGGCCUCGCCAAUGGACCUUGAGAUCCUCUCCGGCCCGGAAAAGCUCGCUCAACCCUUCUGGCAGCGCUUGGCGCCGGAGGACCGCAUUGGCUUCAAGGAUCACAUGAAGCGCUACCUCAGCAUGUUCCUCCCGACGGCCGGCUUCGAGGUGGCCGUCACGGAUCGCUAUCGCUCCGGCAAGCAGGAGGUUUGCGUCCGGUCGAUCAAGUCCUGGAACCCUGGGGAUCAGAUCCUCCUCUGUGCUGGGUAUGUCGCCCGGCUGACCACCCAGGAGGAGCGCCGUCUGACGGACAGCGACCAGCGAGACUUCUCGGUCAUGUUCAGUACCAGCAAGGGCGCAAACUGCCUGUUCCUCGGACCCGCACGCUUUGUCAACCACGACUGCAACCCCAACUGCCGGUUCAUCCCCUCAGGUCAGCAUGGAGUUUGUUUUAUGGCCCUGCGCAGUAUCGGCCCGUGCGAAGAGAUCACCGUCUUCUAUGGAGCCGACUACUUUGGCCCAGGUAAUAUCGAGUGCGAGUGUGAAACGUGCGAAAGCGAGCAGAAGGGAGCCUUCUCAAAGUCAGCCCAGCGUCCGGCCGCACGUGCAGAGUCCCCGCGAGCGGCCUCCGACUUGGAGGCACCCGCCCCGGCCGACCUCGUUCUCACGGAUGUGGAUGACAGGCCGGCCGAGCCACCCGCUCGCGCCCGGCCAACCCGGCCCCAGCGCCAGCGUCCACAAUAUGUGCAUCGUGAAGAGGCCAAAACCCAUGCCUCGCGAGUGGCCUGCGACCUGUCUUCCUCGUCAGCCCUGGCUUCGGCACAGUAUUUCCACUUCUACUCGCCCUUCUGCGAGACGGCCGAGGCCACCGAGACAACCAGUCCCACAUCGUCGGGUGGGUUAUCCGCGGUGCAGGCCAUGCCCGAGGCGACGUCGCCGGUGCCGGCCGUCACGACCUCGGCCGACUCGGCGUCCGGCUCCGACACUGGGGGCAGCAGUCCGGCCGAGGUGUUCCUUGGCGGGCCCAAUCCCCGGGAUGCCGGAAGUCAUGCAGUCACCCCGCACUCCGGCACCUCCGGAUCACCCCCACCCCCGGCCUUGGCGUCUGACGCCGGGAUGGUGGUCGACGGCCCCACCGCCUCCUCCUCUUCCUCCUCGAUGGCCUUGUCCGGCAACGCCAAGCGAGGCCCCGCCGCCUCCGGGCGGCGCACACCCCCCAUCGCGACCCCGGCCACAGUCAGCCCGGCAAACCCCCUUGAGCUCUCGUGCCGCGACUGCGGCUGCAAGGUUGAUACCACCAGCUUCACCUGGACCUCGGAGGACUUCUACCCGGCUCAGCCUAUACCGGCUGACAAUGGACUGCCCAGUGGCAACCCCACCAACCCGGAUGACCCGCUGUCCUACGUGCCCAUCAGCAACUCCACGAUCCCCUGGGAUUUGUGCCGGUCGUGUGUGGUACACUUGUCGAUCUUUGGUCAUCACUGGCCCACUCGCAUCCUGAAGCGUCGCCGACCCGCUGCGAAUGCUCCAUGCAGCUCCCUGUCAGGCGCGCAAUCGAAUGGGGAGUCCGACACAGUCCCCGGUGGCUAUGGGCCUAGUGGGUGUCCAGGCGAGUUGGGCACUGUCAGCGGCAUUGUCACCCCCCCAGGGCCGGGGUCUGGCCCAAGCGCCGGGCCUGGGCUCUUCGUGUCGGUGGUUGACUCCACCGGGCUCACCGCUCAGUUCCAGUAUGGCCAGUCGGAGUUGAGUGCGGCCUCCCUGCAACUCGGGCUUUUCCCGGGGACAUCGCUUCGGGCCAGUUUUUUGCCAGGGCUUUCGCUGCAUCUCCUCCAAUCGGAUCCAUCUCUCUGCCAGCGGGCUCUUGAGGCCAUGUCCCGGGUGAGGCGCUUUGCUGCCAUCAAGACCAACGUCCGUGGGCCCGGCGCGAAUGGCCGGAACCGGAACCACACGCCGGAGCCCGGAUCGCUGCAAGCCGUCAAGAGCGAGCUGCAGCUAUUUGUCCAGUUGUUCUGCAGUCCGUACCCUGUGUCUCGGCCGAGUGCCCUGCUCCCCCUGAAGGGCUUCCGUGUUGUACAUCCUCAUCUGGAGCGUGUUGUCGUUUUGGUUGAUCCUCUCGAAGACAAAGACACCUUCUGGUGGCCGGCCAUGACGGUGCCCUAUGACGAGAUGGAUCCAUCUAUGUUUGCCCGACCCGGCCCGGGGGAGGUGGUCGUCCGGUAUUUCGAGGAUCUUUCCUACUCGGUGGUGCAGAUGGCCCACACGGCUCGAUUGAUUCCCGGACAGGAGCCCCUACGUACACUCCUCAACCGGUAUUACCCAAGUGCGGCCGAGCUGGCACAUGCAUCCGGGGACCCGGAGCAGCGUGCCCUCUUUGCGCCGGAGGAUUGUCUGCCCUCGCUGUCGGCCCUGCCAAUGCUGGCCAGCCAGCUGACUCGCAUCUCCUUCCGUGGGUCCCUCGGCCUUCGUCGAGCGUUGCAAUACCUGGCCACCGGCACCCUCCCGAGGCACUUCCGCUGGCCACGAUGGAACCCUUAUAGCUCACAAAUGUGCCCCUACCAGGCAGCCCCCGCUAAGGCCGGCCCAGCUGCCGAGUCGACUCGCCGGGCCCCCGCCAGCCAGGCCCCCGCCAGCCAGGCCACAACCUCCACUGCUCUGCCCAGCUGGCUGGAAUCGGCUCUUGGGCCCUCAAUUAUCGUCAAAUUGCCGAGAUUCAUCGGGACCGAUCCUCCGACGAACUCGACUCCAAUGACCGCCUCCGCGCGAUCGGCCCGGGCCACUCCCUCCGCCACUCGCACUUCGGGUGCCGCUCCUGCCUCUGCUGCGGCGGGUGUCUCCCGAGCGGGGAAAACCGCGACGGCCCUAGCUGGCACUCCUUCCCGCGCCGGGGCAUCUUCUUCUCAGCGGCCGAAAGGGACUCAAGGGCGUGUGCCCCCCGCUCCCGUGACCCCGGUCAAACGCCGACGCACAUCCUCGUCGUCUGCCGGCCUCCCGGCCUGGUGUUCGACCGCUGACCCCGACUCUGCCUUGGAUGCCCCGUGGCCUUCGAGCGUCUCGCCUGGGCCGUCUUCGUAUGCCCGGACCUUUGUCCAGAGUGAUCUGCCUUGCGCUAUCACGCCCACUCCCGUGGGCUUCCAGCGCCUGUUUGAGCCCGGCGACUCGGUUCUUGUUAGCCACGGUGACAAAAUGGCCUACCGGUCGGUUGUUCGGCGGAGCAUUGUCCAGCCGCUCUCCUGGGGCGGGGAGAGUGGGUCUUGCCGGUACUCAGCCCCACUUCUGGUCGCGCUGCCUGACGAGGACGGGGUCCUGACGACCACGGCGGUGGCCGCGGAUCCGGCGGCUGCCCUGCCAGUCAGCGACCCAGCCGAUCCGGCAACCCGGUUCUACUUGGUGCACUAUCGUGGCUGGAAUUCACGCCACGAUGAGUGGGUUGUCCUGAACCGUGUCUUCCUUGACCACGAUACCUCCCCGAGUCUGGACAAGGCUCCUGUCCCCCUUCUGUUGGCUGGAUCACCCGAGGCCCUCGCCGCUGGCGCCGGACCGGAAGCCGCCCCACUUGGCAGCUCAUCAGACAUUUCCGUGGACAGCCCGGCGCCCGAGGCUCCGAGCAGCCGUGAAAGCGAUCCCUCUGCAGCCUUCUUGUGCUCGGCGUCGUCAUCGGCGUCCAGUGGCUCGGACGGCCCGGUGCGCGUGCUGGACACGGUGCUGGUCAUGGCCGACGCCCCGUCGGUGCACAUCCGACGGGCGGCGUCUGGCCCGGGGGCCUUGGACGAAAGUAGCCCCGGGUCCCUGCCAGCCAGCUCACCGGUGCUGGGUGUUGUCUCCGAGGUGGCUGCCCUUCGCCAGGCCGCCCCCUCCCAGGCGGCGGACCUGCCCCCCGGCCAAGUUGGCAUGUGGGCGUCGGCGGCUCAGCACCCAAAGUCGACCUCGAAUGGGGCCCUCCCCCCGGCGGCCGCGUCGGUACUCAGCUCGCCGCCUUCGCCUAUGUCCGAUUUCCGUGGGAGUGCCCAACUGGCUGAAUCCCACGCCGCUCCUCCGGGUCUCCCUCCCCACCUCCAGCGUCAUGCUCAGGCGUCGCAGCCGGCAGCCGGCGAUGUCGACUUUGGCUCCGACCCUCUGAGCAGCUUCUCCAUCACCUCGGAGCUGGGGGACUCCUCGCCCACUCUGAGCCUGUCAUCGUCGUCGUCGUCGUCGUCGUCGUCGUCGACAACGACAACUGUAAUUCAUGUCUAG